AUGAUCAAGCAGAAGGAAUACCUCCUAAACCACGGUAGCGGCGAGCAAGACAAGACAGACUCUAUGUCUGAUGCCAUUGACGAAUGGAUCCAUGUCCAAGACAAGCGGACGAGAAGAGACGCUGCCCGAAAGGCUGCCCAGGGCGCCGCCGAAGCCGAGACUGAGCACUCGCAGGCAUGUCGAGAGUCCAGGUUCCAGACCUGGACCAAAAAAGAUGCCCUUGCUGAUGGGCAGGCGCCGUCGCCCAGACUGGCAGACGGGCAGGAAACGGAUCCGGAUCCAGAUUCCGUCGACGACAACGACGACGAAACAGACACUGCCUCAAGCGUCACACUGAGCAGGACACCAAGUCGUGCUGCCAGCUGUGUCAUACUGACAUUCGUUGCACUCAGUUUGCUAUCAAACUCAAGAGCAAACUUAGAAAUCUCCUCCUCAAACCUACAAGUCACUAUACAUAUUUUGGCUUGUCACACCAACAACAAGAGUGUGAUGUAG